ACGUAUAAUCAUUCUCAUUGCCCACAGUUCAUUACGUUUCCACGUAGCAAACUGAUUGUACUGAACCCUUCAGAUCGGGAAAAUGGAAUUGUAUCUAUAAACAUUGAUUUUGGAACGACAAAAGAGAGAUGAUUGAUUCCGAAUGACCGUGUCGAGCGAUAUGUGGUAGUUUCCACGUACAUUUCCUCUCUAUUUGUCACUUCAAGUCGGGUUGCUGCUUCCUCAAGCCUCGAACCACAAUCAUUCCAUCGACAUUCCCUGUGUGGUGCGCAUGUAAAGACAAUGGCAACUGCUUUAAGUGGCCGUAACCCAGGUGGACGCGGACCAAACCAACGCAAAGGCCGGAUUUUAGGCAUUAUUGAUGCCAUCCAGGAUGCAGUAGGACCACCAAAACAGGCAGCUGCUGACCGCAGAACGGUUGAGAAAACGUGGAAACUCAUGGACAAAGUGGUUCGCCUGUGUCAGAACCCAAGACUCCAGCUCAAAAACAGCCCCCCAUACAUCUUGGAUAUUUUACCUGACACAUACCAGCAUCUGCGGCUAAUACUGGGCAAAUACGAAGAAAUCCAGAGACUGAUUCAGCUUAGCGAGAAUGAUUUCUUUAAGGUCUACAUCGAUAGCUUAAUGAAGAAAUCGAAAAGGGCUAUCCGGCUUUUCAAAGAAGGCAAGGAGAGGAUGUAUGAGGAGCAGUCCCAGGACAGACGGAACCUGACCAAGCUUUCGCUCAUCUUUAGCCACAUGCUAGCCGAGAUCAAGGCCAUCUUUCCUGGGGGCCAGUUCCAGGGAGACACGUUUCGCAUUACCAAAGCAGAUGCGGCGGAGUUCUGGAGGAGAUACUUUGGAGAAAAGACCAUUGUGCCAUGGAAAGUGUUCCGACAGUGCCUUCAUGAAAUGCAUCACAUCAGCUCUGGCCUGGAAGCCAUGGCCCUUAAGUCCACCAUCGAUCUCACCUGCAACGACUACAUCUCUGUCUUUGAGUUCGACAUAUUCACCAGGCUGUUCCAGCCAUGGGGCUCCAUCCUGAGAAACUGGAACUUCCUUGCUGUGACCCACCCUGGCUAUAUGGCCUUCCUGACCUACGAUGAGGUCAAGGCCCGUCUACAGAAGUACAUCAACAAGCCAGGCAGCUACAUCUUUAGAUUAAGCUGCACUCGACUGGGCCAAUGGGCCAUCGGCUAUGUCACCAACGAUGGAAACAUCCUGCAGACCAUACCCCACAACAAGCCCCUCUUCCAGGCUCUCAUCGAUGGCUGCAGGGAAGGCUUUUAUUUGUUUCCCGACGGACGCAGCUACAACCCUGACCUCACAGGCUUGUGUGAACCCACCCCCCAUGAUCACAUUAAAGUCACGCAGGAGCAGUAUGAGCUCUACUGCGAGAUGGGCUCCACCUUCCAGCUGUGUAAAAUCUGCGCAGAGAAUGACAAGGAUGUGAAGAUCGAACCUUGUGGACACCUCAUGUGCACGUCCUGCCUGACUGCAUGGCAGGAAUCAGAUGGACAGGGUUGCCCUUUCUGCCGGUGUGAAAUCAAAGGUACAGAGCCUAUCAUCGUGGACCCUUUUGACCCACGGAACACGGGGGCCAAGUGCUUCUUCCUGGAUCACUUUAGCUCGCCCAUGCUGGACCUGGACGAUCUAGACGAGGACAGAGAGGAUUGCCUGGUCAUGAACGGACUGGCCUCCAUCCGGAAGCAGUGUUCUGAAUGGCCAAACUCGCCCGUUAUCUCGCCAAACUCCUCCCCUGUGGCCCAGAGGAGGAAAGCCCACGCAGAGUCCCAGAGCAUCCAGCACCUUAGCCUGCCCCCUGUACCUCCACGCCUGGACCUUAUCCAAAAAGGUGUCAUUCGAUCCCCCUCUGCAAGCCCCUCCGGCUCUCCAAAGUCCUCUCCAGGGAUGGACCGAAAGCAAAACAAACCUCUGCCUGCCCCCCCGCCCCCCCAGAGGGACCCUCCGCCCCCACCACCUCCUGAACGUCCACCACCCAUCCCACCAGACGGGCGUGUUUCCUGGGUCUCUGCUUCCAGUGGCGCUGUGCCCUCUGACCCUGUGCUAGCCACUGAAGCCUGGUGCCCCAAAGAGACGCCCAUGGUGGACCCCCACAGGACUGCUACUGGGUCUGACCGCUCCCCCAAGCUGGCCAACUCCGCACCCUCUCACGUCAAUGGAAGACCACUUAGCUUCCCAUUGCCAGAUGCUGACAUUGGGCGCUCGCAACCCAGGACAGAGGCUUUCAUGGAGUGUCCCAAGCCUUCCUCGAAUGGUCUCAAUGUCAGCGACGAGUACGACGUCCCUCCUCCCAGACAUUCUCCUCCGUUGCCUAGUCUCACCUGCAGCCAUAAACCCCUCAACCCCUUCAAUACAGUCAGCUUGGAGAGAGCCAGAGGAACGACAGAGCGAGUUGACGAUGAGUAUAAGAUCCCUUCAUCCCACCCGGUGUGUCUGUCCCAGCCUCCAGUCUGCAUCUCGGUGUGGAUCCCUAACAGAAAUCUUGAAAAUGGCUCAUCAGACUCUUCAGCAGAGGAAAAGAAGCUCAAGCCCUCUGAGAAUGGUUGCCAAUUUGAAUCAGGAACAUUGCUCUCAGGGGCAACUCGCGCCGCCCUCUGCCCAUAUCACAACAGGACGCCCUCUGACUACGACAUUCUACUUCCCCCUCAAGCAACAGAGGAUCUUUUCAACAACCAUCCUCCCUCGCAACCGCCUCCCCUUCCGCCUAUCAGACACAGCUUUACAGAGCUCUCUUCGUCCCCCUCCUGCUCACGAGCUCCCCGGCCUGCCUCAGGACAUGACCACUUCCUGCUAACCCCUGACACUGUAUUUGAUAUGCUGAGCAACGCAGCCCCUCUGCCCCCUGUGAGGAGACUGACAGGAGACAACAUGAAGCUCCCAUCCCGAACACUCCUAUCCCAGGAAUAUGACCAGUUACCUCCUACCCAAGUGGCAGCAGAUUGUUUGCAGGCUCCUGCCAGGCCCCCUAAGCCGCUUCCUCGGAAAAGCCCUCCCGACAUCCAUCAGAGGAAGCCUCAUGGGCUGGACUCGAGCACUGAGUGUCUAGACGGCAAAAUCGCCAAACUCAUGGGAGAGGGUUACUCUUUUGAGGACGUGAAGAGGGCACUCAUGAUUGCUCAGAACAAAGUGGAUGUGGCACGGAACAUUCUCCGAGAGUUUGCCUUAGUGGCCCCUAGACUUAACCUUUAGCUCUGAGCAGGAGACCCAAUUGGGACAUAUUGUGCCUCUGUGUGCUCUGGGGUAGAGGGCAAAGGGCUUCUUUUAUCUCCUUCUGCCCCUCGCUAGCUUGCAAAAAACGUAAAAAGAAAUUACAGCAAGAUUGGACAACACUGAUCUGCGGACUGCAGUAUUCCAUAGAUCGAGGGCUUGUCCACAACUUUUUGAAAGAGAACAGCAUCUGUCUACAAACAUGUAAUAUCAUGUUUAAGAAACAAGCUUGUUGUUUACAGUCUACAGACAUUCUGGUGAGCUUUUCCAGUGCUGGUCUCUGGCUUCAGCUCAUUUAGCCAAUGUCUGAGGGUUGCCCUCUUUUGCUCCUGUCACUACUUCCACUGCUGCUGCUGAGAAAGCCCCUCCCUGCCAAACUGCCCAACCCCCAGCCUCUAAUUAUCAGCCAAUCAGGGUGGGGAUAUGGGCUGUAAAAAGCAUAACUGGCCUUGGCACACAUUUUUCUGUUUUUUGACAUUGUUGCCUUUUGGUUCUUAUUCCACUGAAGACGCCCCAGUCAAUGAGACUGAUGGUUUUUCCAAAAGCCAGAUGCCUGGCAGGCCUCUGGUGACACAAGUAAAUCCUAGAUUAGACAAGAUUUUUUAAGCAUAAAACAUUUGAAUAUAGUGAAGUAAAUUUCUUUACAGUUGGAGCAGCGAACUGGCUUGUGUGUGCGCACACCUCAUCUCUAAAUCUCUUUCCUGAUCAAGUUCUCUCCCCCUUUCUCAGUAUCUCUCAAUUUCUCCCUAUCACAGUCUCUGUGAUUAUCUCUGUCUCUCUCAACCUUCUACCUCUCCAGCUCUGUAUCGCAAUGCCUCUCACUUCAUUCCACUGAAAGGAAUAGUGUCUGCUGUUUGUGCAGUCCAGGAGAUGGUGUUACUAGUGCCUGGUGCCCUUGCUGAAUUAUCUUAAUGAGCUGCUGUUGUUGCGGUAGGGAAGAGGCUGUGAGAGACAUAGGUCUUGAGUGGUGAUUCAGUCCCAGCGGCUCCCAGGUCAGUAGCAGAUCCUCUAGGAGGUCCCAUUAGGCCACUCUUCAGGUCGGCUAAUGCUCUCCCCACUUCCUUCCUCCAUCAGGAAACUAGUGAAUGAACUAUAUGGGUGGGAGGUUCCAAUGGUUCCGCUUGCCUCUAAAAACCCAGACUAAACCAGAUGCUGACUUGUUUUGUGCGUGCCUGUGUAUGUUUGUGUUUCUUCUAAUUUCUUCAGUGGAAGACAACAACCAAACUGAAUGUAUUAGCUCUCAUGAGAGAUCCUCCUGAGACACUCCUAAACCGCUAUUAGUACACUUUUCUUCUCAGAUCAUUAUGAUAAACAUAUUCCAAUAUAUAUGUGCCAAAAGGAGAAUGAUGGCUUCUUAAACGUGAGUAGACUGGUUCAACUAAGAACAUAACGGAGACUGCAUUCUCAGUAAAUAAUGAACAGUGCUCUCCAGAAUUAUUCAACACCUUGGUAAAGAUUAGCAAAAAAGUAUAUGAAAAAAUGCCGUUGUUGUUUAUCGACUUAAUCUUACACCAAAAAAUAUUUAAUCCAGGUAAUAUUUUUAAAAGAAAUACCUUUCUUAAAGAAAUACCUUUCUAAAUCAACAUUUAUUUUUCCCUCAAAAACAUGUCAGGAGUAUUGGCUGUCCUACAAAUGAUUUCCCAAAUAUAACAUGUCUCUCAAACUUCUUGUAUUAUUUGGAACUCUUAAGUGGUCAUCCUUGAUUUCCUUUUCAAUGGGUAUACAUAUGAGCAGACACACAUACCAAACUUCUUUGUUUUCCCUGAUAUACUAAAGAGCAGUGAGCUGCCUUGGCCGCACUGAGCGAGCAAUUCGUGAUUACAUAUAAUGUCUUGUGCCAUCCAAGUGGCUUCUUGGAGCUUUCCUACCAUUGUGAAUUAAUUGGAAGUGGCAGCUCGCUGCUGUUUAGUAUGUCAUGCCCCAUCUAUCAACAUGGGGAAGUUCAGGGAACAGACAAAUGAAAUGAGACAAAGAUGCCUUGGCCUUCAUAAAUUAGACAAUGGCAAUAAAGACAAUGGUACAUACCUGAUACUACCCAUAUUCGCUAUUAUAGGAAUAGUUAAUCAUUUCAAAUCAACUGAAACUGAUUAAACUCCCUAGAAGAAGAAUCUUGGAGUCACCAUGUCUCAAACUGUAAUGAAACACCAUCUCCUUUCCAACAUGCUAUUUGGAUGGCUUGCCAGAAGAAAGCCUUUACUCUCAUCAAGUCAUCGCCUAGAGUUUUCUCAACCUCAUUGGAGCUUUGAUUGGAACCAGGUUCUAUGGUCAGAUGAAAAAAUAAAUACAGCUAUUUGGACACCACACCAGAGGUGGGUUUGGCUUAGAAGGAUUUUCAUGCAGAAAAGAAAACCUGCUCCCUACUGUUAAGAAUGGUGAUGGAUAUGAGAUGUUGUGGGGCUUUUUUGCUUCCAAAGGCCCUGGGAAUAUGUCAAGGAUACGUGGCAUCAUGGAGUCUGUCAAGUGCCCAGCUGAUUUUAGACCAAAAUGUGGGUCAUGGUUGAAUUUUCCAGCAGGAAAAUGAUUCAAAGUAUUUCUCCAGAUCCACUCCAAUGUCUCACUGACAGAAGAAUCAAGCUUUUGCAAUGGCCAUCCCAGUCAUAUGACCUAAAAGCCAUUGAGAACCUGUAGGGUGAGCUGAAGUGGAGAGUCAACAAGGAAUGACCAAGGACUCUGAAGGGACUGAGAUAUUCUGCACAAAUGAAUGGUCUCAGAUUCCUUGCUGUCAUCAAACAUUAUAGUAGAAGAUUCAGUGGUCACAUCUUGGCAUGGUAUGUUGCACAAAGUACUAAAGGCAGGUGUGUGAAUCAUUGUGACACGGGAUAAAUAUUUACUUUGCUUUUUGAAUUUGUUCAGACAAAAUUGACAAAAUUUAAACCUUAGAUUUCUCAAAAUGUUUAAGCAAAAUGCUGCUUACUUGUUUAUAUUGUAGUUUUUUUUUGCUCACGUAUCCAAGGGGUCCAACAAUUCUGCAUGGCAGUGUGUGUUUGCUAAAUAGAAAAUUGCCUUAAACUUCCAAGCGCUCUAUAACUUUGGCGAUACAGAUUGACUUAAACAAGCCCAAAUGUCUUUGUACUGGGGUUUUUGUCAAGGAUUUUAAUCCUAUAAGGACUGCGAUUAUUGAUCACCUAUGAUAAGAGAAAAACCACUAUCACACAGUUAAGCCAAUAUCAUUAUGAAAGUCUUAUUGUUGCCUCGCUUUUUUCUGCUGAACAUACAGAAGCGUUCCCACACAGACUGAGAUGAACUGCAUUUGAAUAACGGGGUGCAUUGCAUUGACGUGGGUCAUUCAGAGAGAAGCUCUGAUCAACUACACUGCUGAGAUUAUUAAUCACAAUCAGGAACUUUGAAGUGCUUCAUGUCGGUAUCAGCGGAAUGCCACCCAAAGCCCAAAAUGCUGUAAAAAAAAAAAGGAAUUUUCACUGCCCUGUGUCAACUACGUAGAACCAACCUGACUUUGUAAGUUUCAUUACAAUAACUACAUUAUUUAUCCUCUUUGUAACAAAUUUAUUGAAAUCGAAGCAUCAUUUUGCACUGGUCUGAUUCUUUCUCAUCAAUUAAACUUGAAAGUCUCAAACUGAAAAUAUUUAAUUUCAUCUGGUCCAUAAGAAUGGGUAAGGCAGAGGGGGGUGUCAUGGCCUUGAUUUGGUUUUAAGGAGAGAUUUUCAAAUUUUGUUUUACUCUCCCCUGCUAAGAAUUCUGUUUGAGGAACAUGCCUUGUUGAACGUGUUAAGCAUAGUGAUGAUGUGUGCAGUUAAUUUAUACAUUGACAGCCUUCACUCUAUAUUAUUUUUAUUGUUCAGUAAUUAAUGUAACCAGUAAUUUGUUCUUGUUUAAAAUGUUUUAUAAAAAUCAGUAUUAACAUGUG